GCGCUCGGCGCGCCCGCGGCUCGCGGGCGCCUGGCAUUUCUGCUGCGGCGCCGGCGGCCGAGCGGGGCGCCGCCCCUGCGGCGGCGGCCUCGCCCGCGGGGGGCCCGCGCGUGUGCGGAGCGCCUGUGCCUUCCCGCGCGCGGGGUGUUCCGUAGCUGCUCCCCUCACCCUCCUGGCCGUGCCCCCGGCGCACCGCACAUGAACAUCGUCGACCUCGACGGCGACGAGGGGAGCUUCGACCCGCCGCCGACGCCGCCCGCCCCCUCCGAGCCCCCGCCGGUCCCCAACGGACGCAGCAGGGCCCUCGGCGUGAGGGUGACGGCGAGCCCUGCGGGAUAUCACUCGACGGGGUCAGCCGGUGGCGGCGCCGCGGGCUGGGCGGAGAGGAAGCCCCCUCGAACAGUAUCGGAGGACGUGGAGCUCGGGGACGAUCUGUCCCGGCGUCUAGACGAGAUCGACAACAAGCUCGAUUGGGUCAUUGCUCGAAUCAAGACCAUGAGCAUCGCGGACCUCCGCGUGAGCAGGAGCUCCGGCAAGUCCGACGCCUCGCCCUCCGUCACGGAUGGCGAGAGGACUACGAAGCUCCGCAGCCUUGCCACAGAUGGAGGCCAGCCUCCAGUGAUCACCCUGCCAGCUCGCCCAACCUCCGUCGACCAUUUCGAAAACACGAUCGACACCCUCGACAGCCCCAUGGCGCUCCAGCAGUCGCUGCAGCAGAUGCCGGGGUACCUCCAGUCCAGGGGGUCGAACGCCCUCUCGGCGCUCUCGGACGGCGAGGGCAGCAUGCGCAUCCCCAAUCUCAACCGGAGGCCCUGUCUGGGGCCGGCCAGUCAGGGGUCGGGCCGGCGGUCGAGGUCCUUGCGGGGCUCCGCGGCGAGGAUCACGCAGAUCCCCGCCAUGUUCAAGAGCCAGUUCCUGGCCAGGAGGGUAUACGAGAAGUCCAAGCACAAGGACCUGGCAUACGUGCAGAAGUGCGUCCAGUCGCUCCCGAAGGCGAUGAGGAAGAAACGGAGCAGGGCCGCGGAUUACAUCUACACGGUCCUGGACGACCCCUCGUCGGGCAAGGUCGCCUGGUGGAUUGCCACUUGGCUGCAGGCGCUCGUCCUCCUUAGCGUGCUGGGCUCCUUCCUUCAGACGGUGGAGGACCCGCCGCUGCACGGGUGGCUGGCCGCCGUCGUUGAGACGGCGUUCGAUGUCGUGUUUCUGGUGGAGGUCAGCAUUCGCUGGGGCUGUGCGCCGAAUACGGUGAAUUUCCUCUUCGUGUCCCAAUCGUGGGUCGACCUCGUCGCCGCGAGCGCGCUCGCCGUGCGGGCGGCGGUCGGCUUCGUGCUCCCGGAGAGCCAGGACGACCUGGUCUCGAUCUUCUUGCUGUGUUUCGUGCCGAUCAUCCGUCUGCUGAAAAUUGUACGGCACUUCGAGACGUUCCAGGUGCUUGUCCAGGCGGUCAAGAUCACGAUGGAGGCCCUCCCGAUGCUCUUGUACGCUGUAACUUUGAUCACGAUGACGUUUGCCACCUUCAUCUACCUCGUGGAGCCAGAGCUGUUCGAGUCCCCCUUCCGGGCAUUCUAUUUCUGCCUUGUUACCAUCACCACAGUUGGCUACGGAGAUUAUGCUCCCAGUACCACAGCGGGAAUUGCAAUCAAUAUUCUUUUGAUAGUGCUUGGGGUCAUAUUGAUGGCCGUGCCCAUGGGCAUCAUCGGAAUGACGUUCAACGAGGUCUGGAACACGAGGGACUACUCCUUGUUGCUAUCGAAGACGCGAGCGAAGCUUCACCAGUGGGGCUACACAGCUCAUGACAUUCCGACGUUGUUCAAGAUAGUUGAUUAUGAUGAAAAUGGGGUGCUCGAGCUCGACGAGUUCUGCGAGUUGGUGAAGGAGAUGAAGAUUGGACUCUCUGAGGAUAGGGUCGUCGCACUGUUUGAGCACAUGGACAAGGACGGCAGCGGUGCUCUGGACGCUGCCGAGUUUGCGCUGGAGGUGUUCCCAGAAACGUUUGUCGAGGCCUUCGGCCACGCGGGCAAGACCGAUUUGUCAAGCUCCAAUAACAAUUGGAUGGCCAACCUGGCAGCCACGAUCGGUGGCGGCAGGAGCCACAAGGACACGCCUGAUUGACCGGUCCCUCACUGCAACGUGCUGCGCGACUGGCCGCGUUUGGCCAUCCCCUCGCGUGCUGCAGCUGCUCCCUCCUCCGCCUCCGCCUCACCA